GGCAGGAAGCGGCAGGGCAGAGCAGCUCUGGGGAGCAGCAGAACAGCCAUUGCAGUGUCGUGGCUCAGUAACAAAAUACGAAAGGGAGCUGAGGAAGACCUGGCAGCCACUUUCCCUGUUCCCCCUGGCCGGCAGGUUGAUUUACAUGAUUAUUAGAGCGAAGAAACUCUGCGAAUACACCAACAUCUAAACAAACGAAUUUAACAGCUCCGGAUAUGUCAUUCCUAUUUGAUUGGAUUUAUAGCGGUUUCAAUAGCGUACUACAGUUUUUAGGACUGUACAAGAAAUCCGGCAAGUUAGUAUUUCUUGGCCUGGACAAUGCUGGCAAAACAACGCUACUGCACAUGCUCAAAGAUGACAGAUUGGGACAGCAUGUGCCAACUUUACACCCCACAUCAGAGGAGCUGACGAUUGCUGGCAUGACAUUCACCACCUUUGACCUUGGAGGACAUGCACAAGCCCGGAGAGUGUGGAAAAACUACCUCCCUGCCAUCAAUGGUAUCGUCUUCCUUGUGGAUUGUGCAGACCUUCAGAGAUUGGCUGAAUCAAAAACAGAACUUGAUGCAUUAAUGACAGAUGAGACCAUUGGAAACGUGCCUAUCUUAAUCCUUGGCAACAAAAUUGACAGGCCUGAAGCUGUGAGUGAGGAGAAGCUGAGGGAAUAUUUUGGAUUAUAUGGACAGACGACAGGCAAGGGCAAUGUCCCUUUGAAGGAGCUGAACACAAGACCACUGGAGGUGUUCAUGUGCAGCGUCUUGAAGAGGCAGGGCUACGGCGAAGGCUUCCGCUGGCUUUCCCAGUACAUCGACUAAAGAGGCCCAGUCCCACAACUCUCCGCCAUCUGCGACACUACCGUCUAGGGGGCGCCAAAACCAGCCAAUCAAGACGCCCAUCAUUACCAUCGUUACCAUCAUACUCGGCCUCAUGUUCGGUUAAUCAAGUCUGCCUCCGC